AUGCCUGCCCGCAAAGCUCUCAUUGCCAUCACCUCCGCUAGCGGGGCACUGUUCAACGGCAAAGAAACAACGGGUCUCUUCAUCAGCGAAGCCCUCCACCCCUACAAUGUCCUCACAGCCGCCGGUUUCGAAGUCGACCUGUCCUCCGAGACAGGUAGCUACACUCCUGACUGGCUGUCUCAGCAACCCGACUUCCUCAAUGGCUCAGACCUAGAGACCUGGAAGGACACGAACAGCGAAUUCCGCCAGAAACUCGACAACAUGCCCAAAGCCGCUGAUCUCGACGGAUCGGUUUACGGUCUCUUUUAUGCUUCUGCGGGCCAUGCCGCGCUGAUCGAUUACCCCACCGCUCGAGGACUGCAGAAGAUCGCCGAACAGGUCUGGGCCAGUGGCGGUGUUGUGGCGUCUGUUUGCCAUGGGCCUGCCAUUUUCGCCAAUAUCGUCGAUACGACCGGGCAACCCAUCAUCAAGGGGAAGAAGAUUACCGGAUUCACAACCGAGGCGGAGAUCACCAUGGGGAUUAUGACUGAGCUGAGGGGAUUUGGGUCUGAGAUGGUGGAGGAACUUGCGGCGAGAUUGGGUGCCACUUAUGAACGUGCUCCUGGUAUCUGGGAUGACUACCAUAUUGUUGAUGGUCGGCUAGUCACUGGCCAGAACCCCGCCAGCGCUGCUUCUACCGCGAGGGCGGCUGUUGAGGUCUUUGAUAAGCUAUAA